UGACCCUGGUCCAGUCCUAACAAAUUUCACCGACACUGGAAUUUCACGUCGGCCUGUUCUCCUCUGUCUCUCAACAAUGGAGCGGAAAGUUGCUCGGGAAUUUAGGCACAAGGUGGAGCUGCUGAUUGAAAAUGAAGCAGAGAAGGAUUACCUGUACGAUGUCCUCCGUAUGUAUCACCAGUCAAUGGAUUUGCCAGUGCUGGUGGGGGACCUGAAGCUGGUAAUCAACGAACCAAAGCGAUUGCCUCUGUUUGACGCUAUCCGACCUCUCAUCCCACUCAAACACCAGGUGGACUAUGACCUGCUCACACCCAAGAGGUCACGGAAGCUUAAAGAGGUGCGUUUGGAUCGGACACAUCGUGAUGGACUGGGUCUGAGUGUCAGAGGAGGGCUGGAGUUUGGCUGUGGUCUCUACAUAUCACAGAUUGUCAAAGAUGGUCAGGCCGGGAAUGUUGGCCUUCAGGUUGGUGAUGAGAUCGUGCGCAUCAAUGGAUACUCCAUCUCCUCCUGUAUCCACGAGGAGGUCAUCAGUCUCAUCAAGACCAAGAAGAUUGUGUCACUCAAAGUUAGGCAUGUGGGGAUGAUUCCUGUGAAAAGCUCAUCAGAGGAGCCCCUGAAAUGGCAGUUUGUUGACCAGUUUGUGUCUGAGUCAGGGGAGAAAAAAAGCAGCAUUGCAGGCUUGGCAUCAAUUGGAGGGAAGGAGAUCAAGGAGAAGAAGGUUUUCCUCAGUCUUGUGGGUUCAAAGGGUAUGGGCAUCAGCAUCUCCAGUGGUCCCACCCAGAAACCUGGCAUCUACAUCAGUAAUGUCAAGCCAGGGUCCCUCUCUGCAGAAGUUGGACUUGAGGUUGGAGACCAGAUUGUGGAGGUGAAUGGGGUGGAUUUCACCAAUGCGGACCACAAAGAGGCUGUGAAAGUCCUGAAGAGCAGCAGGAGUCUGACUAUCACUGUUCUGACAGGAGCUGGCAGUGAGCUGUUUAUGACAGACGAGGAACGUCUGGCAGUGGAGGCCCGCAGGGAGCUGGAGAGGCAGGAGCUGAUGCACCAGAAAAGGGUGGCACUGGAGACCAACAAAAUCAUUAAAGAGCAACAGGAGAAGGAGAGGCAGAGGAAGAUGGAGAUUUCUCAGAAGACUGCAGAAGAACAGGAGCGCUAUAAGAACGAAAUGGAGAGGAUUGAGGCUGUGGAGAAGAAGCACAACAGAGAGUGGGAAGAGGACUGGGGCACCAAAGAGCGGCCCAAGAGCCCUAAGAGCCCCCGCGCUCCAAAGAGCCCAUCACCUGCCCCACCUGAUAGAAAAACCACCCCGACUCCUAAGGCCAAGAGCUCUCCAGAACACGAGGAGGAAGAGGAGGAAGAGGAGGACAGACAGGGAUUUCAGAAACAUGAGGAAGAUUUUGAUCCCUACUCAAUGUUCUCUGCGGACCAGAUAGCUGGGAGAGAUGUGAGACUGCUGAGGAUCAAAAAGGCUGGACAGCUUGACCUUGCUCUGGAGGGCGGAGCAGACUCUCCUUUGGGAAAGUUGGUGGUAUCCUCUGUGUAUGAAGGUGGUGCAGCAGAUAAGCACGGUGGCAUUGUACCAGGGGAUGAACUCAUGGCUGUGAAUGGGAAGAUCCUGAUCGAUGCCACAUUGACCGAGGGACAAAACUCUCUGGCUCGAGCCUGGAACAGUGGAGGGGACUGGAUCGAUGUUGUGAUUGCUGUUUCCCCUCCAAAAGAUUAUGAAGAUGAAGUGACGUUCUUCUAGUCUCACUCACAGUCUGCCAAGAAAACCAGAUGAUUCCUUCAGGAUUCACCGUCUUCUUAAUCGCCACAAAAUAUACGUGUUUCCUCUUUAUUUUUAUCUCAUCAGUACACCAAAAGUCUCAAAAUGGUCUUUUGGUUUUCACUUAGCAUUACAAUAAUCUCUUUGAGAAUUAGCCCUCUGCUGUUUAUCAGGAUAUUGACACCAUGCAAUCAAUAUACAUUCUCACUAAUUUUGUUGUGCAGGAUUCUCCUGUCAAUAUUUAGUUGCCUCCAGUGUUCCUCUUCACCUGUGUCAAGCCUGGACAUGGCUGACCUAAUUUAGAUACAACUGGUCUUUUCCUUCAGACGUGCAUCUUAUCUGUCAGUUUAGUGAGUUAAAACAGGCAGACUGUAAUCAAUAGCACUGCUCCAAUCUGCCUUUUCAAAGCCCAAUAAAAGACUGCUCACAUUCACAGAA